UUGAAGAAACCUAGCUACAAGUAUCUGUGACUCAUAUGCCUAAUUUAAUUGUUUUUGCAGUUGGAGUAGACAAGUUGUGAAUAAAGUAUCUUUGUAAUCUUGACUACUUUCAGUAUCCCUAGCUUCUGCAUCUACCAAUGAGCCCAACCUUUUUUGUUUAUACUAAUCCAGGUGUUGAAAACCCUAGCUUUGACCCGUGUUUCAACUCUAUAAAACCAGCUACACGCAUUCUGUUUUUUCUCUUCAAGUUGUUGAACAAAAUAAGAUAACACAUAUAUAUCUCGCUUAUAAAGCAAUUGCAACUCAAUUGAUCAAGAUGGCACUCAUUAAGCUUGUAGGGUUACUAUUGAUGAGUCUUCUUUUUGUUUCCUUAAGGGGCUCUUCUGCAAAUGUUCAUCUAGGGAGGAAGAUGAAAAGUGAUAAGCUGAUGGCAAGCAAAGAAAAAUAUACGCCUGAAAUGGGAAUACCUGCACAAGAUUCUCUUGAUGCUCAUGUUGAGGAAGAAGGAGAUGAAGCAAGAAAAAUGGUGAACAAGGAAGAUAUUGAUAAUGAAGUGGAAUCAUCUAAGAAGCUGAAAUCAUCAGAUAAGUAUGCAUCACAAGAGUCUCUAGGAGGACACCAGCAUCACGUGAACAAUCAGGGACUUAACGAAGAAGAGUUGGAGGCAGCUGAACGGGAGGUGAUGGAGCUGAUGCGCAGGGAUUACAGAAGCAAGCCUCGUCGAAAGCCACCAAUUAAUAACAACAAGCCGAAUAAUUAAGCAGCGAAGAUGAUGAAAAAUUCGAUCCAUGCAAAAGCCCGAGUUGGUAUAAUUUAGGCUCACAAUUUUGCCCCCGACUAGUAAUACCAGUGAAGUCUACUAAUUACACUAACACAGUAUAUUAAUAUGUAUACUUGCUCGCAGCAGCUAGCUAGCUAGAUCUUAAUGUUUAGCUACAUUUUAGUAAUUUCAUUUUUUUUUCCCCCUUUUACGACAGUUUGUUAAUGUAAUAUCAGGAUGUAUGGAUCGAGUAGACAGAUAGAUAUGAAAUUUCGUUAGUUCUUUGUACAA